AUGGCAUCGCUGGUCUCGCUGGCGUCGUCCCUGACGGGCAGCCGCUACGCCGAUGGCCUCGUAGUGGUGGGGAUCUCCUUCGGCACGGCCGUCCUCUGCGAGAUCAUCUCCUGGAUCCUAAUCUACCGGACCUCCUCGUACAAGUCCCUCCGCUCCUCCAUUGACAAGGCCUCGAAGAAGCUGGAGACCAUGAAGAACUCGUCCUCCUCCGGCGGCGGAUCUGUGUCCGUCGUUGUCAAGAAAUCCUCCAAGAACAAAAAGAUGGAUCGGGUGGAGUCUAGUCUCAAGGAGUCCACACGAGAUCUGUCCCUCUUCAAGUUCAAAUCAGGGGCCGUUGUCGCCGUCGUCCUCUUCGUUGUGUUCGGCCUCCUUAACUCGCUCUUCGACGGCAAGCCCGUUGCUAAGCUCCCCUUCGCGCCUGUAUCUCUCGUUUACAAGAUGAGUCAUCGGGGGCUUCCCGGCAGCGAUCCUACCGACUGCUCCAUGGCCUUCCUCUACCUCCUCUGUUCCGUCAGCAUCCGGACCAAUCUGCAGAAGUUCCUCGGCUUCUCCCCGCCUAGGGGAGCUGCUGGUGCCAGCCUGUUCCCGGUACCUGAUCCCAAGAUCAGCUGA